CUUCUCUCUGCUGUGUUGUUGCACGUGCGCGAUAUUCUCAUAAAAAAGUUUACCAAUUUUUUUUAAUAUCUCGGCUGGAUCGAUUGAAUUUAUUGAAAUAAAUAUUUUACGUGCGCAGUAAUGAACAAGCGCGUAUUUCUUUUUGGAAUCAACGAGUAUAAUUUGUCUCUGUUUUUAAAAUUGUGAAUCAUAUUUUGGAUUUUUUUUCAAACUUGAAGUUUUUCUCGUUUCGAAACAAUAAUUGUGUUUGUGAAAGUUAUGUUGUGUAGUGCCUUCCACACAGUAUGCAAGGAACGAGUAGAAAUAUAAAAAACGCAUGCAUUUAUUUGCAAUUUUUUUAGGUACAUUAUUACAUAGCGGAUUAUGUGACAUUAUUUCAAGUGAUGCGUAAGAGGUGUCAAAUAGUUCUUUUAGUGCUCUUUGGAGUGCUGUGCUCUCGCCGUGUGUCGUGCACCAGUGCUCAUAACUUGCAAAAUCUAUUGAAGCAUCCCCACUAUGCGGAUGGUCAUCAGCAUGGUGUCCAGUCUCAGCGUACAACGUCUUUUCCCCAGCGAAGAACUUAUGAAAUCGGGAGACCGUCCUACUCCCCAACCUACUCCGCUGCUCCAACAGCCAAAUUUCGAGAAUCCAUCAACGAAGAGGGUUCGUCUGUAGGGUCCUUCACCCGCGUAUCUCCGGUGCCCAAGGAGUACUACAAAAUGAAUGGAUACGCCAUCAAAAGCACUUCUGCCACCAAGAGUUCUACAGUGGUGGAUCCCAGAAUCCCUCAAGAACUCUCUGAAGUUCGAGAAGCCAACGAACAUUUUGUGAGAAUGCGUUCGAGAGCCAGUUGCGGUGUUCCGCGUUCUCAAGUGAUAUGUGUCAGAGACAUCUAUCCAGAAAAAGAACUUUUACCCCGGUGUACCUUGUUGCACCGAUGCACGGAUGCAGCAGGAUGCUGCGAGGACGAAAAUCUCCACUGUGCGCCCAAAGCAAUGCAAGAAGUUGUUCUGCAUUUUUACGUCUUGGGUGAUGACCACCGAUCAUCCGAUGUUGAGAAGCUGUGGUUUGUCAACCACACAGAAUGUGAAUGCCAACCCAAACCGACAGCUGACGUGAUGACGACAACGACGACAACUACACUCUCAUCCCUGGACGAAAAUCUAGUUGAACAACAUCCGCAAAGAGAUGAACAUAAUCCCAAGUGCCGAUCGUGCCCUUCUCCUUUUUGUGUUCGACAAUUAGGGAAAGGAAUAUGCAGCUGCGAUUGCUUCGAUAGGCAUAAGCCGUGCCUGAGAAUCAAGAGAGGCAGAGAUGCGCUUUCAGACAUUGAAAGGAGAUGCGUAGAAACUGGUCGAUGCAACGUUCCCGAUUGCGAAUAUGGGCCGUUUGACCCCGAAAACGGCCGAUGUCCCAGAAGACCCAAUUACGAUGCUGACAGAAGACCCGAUUAUGACGGACCCAGAUGGAGUGAAAGUGGCAGGAGACCCCGUCCGGAUAUUCGGAAUCCCGAACACAGAUGGAAAUAUUUAGAAAGGGAUUGAAAAAUGC